AGCAAAAUAUAAUAUUGUGUAUAUGUUGAUCUGUGCUAUUCCUGUGUGCAGAUAUGGCUUCGAAGAACAUCAUUGAAGAGCUCAAUAAGGGCGAUAAGCUGGAUGGUGACAAUUAUGAUAUUUGGCACCAUAAGGUUCAGUACAUCCUUAAGGAACAGGAUGUUUUGGAGACGCUGAACCAUGUGAUGCUUGAGCCGGAACAUGGAAAGAUGCCACAGCAUGAGAGAUCAUGAGGCUUUUCUAGCCUGAAAAAAGAAAAACAGCAUUGCUCGCAUUACAUUGCUGAGCAGCGUGGUUGAUGAUCUUAUGUGCGAAUUUGAGUCUUAUAAGAUGGCUCAGGUCAUGUGGAUUGCACUGAAGGAUAAGUUCGGGGGCACUUCUGCUACCAAACUUAGGAGGUUGACCAUCAAGUUUGACAUUUACAGGUUGCGCCCUAAUGUUCCGAUGAGGUAGCAUUUGAGAGAGACGUCAAACAUGAUUAGGAAGCUGAAAUUAGCUAGUCACAACCUCUUAGAUGAGUAGCAGGUGCAAGCUGUGAUUAGAUCCUUAUCUGCCAGCUGGGAGUACAUGAAGGUCAACAUGACUCAUAAUGAGUCAGUUAGGACCUUUGUUGAUAUAGAACAUUAUCUUGUUCUUGAGGAUGAGCAUCGGGAGGCUGCUAAGACAUUUGAUCAGGCUUUCAUGGCUAAGACUGCUGGAAAUUCGAAGCAGAAGGGCAAGGGUAAGAAGCCCUGGAACAAGAAGAGCUGGAAAAAGAAGGGAUCUGGGAAGCCUAUUGAGAAGGCUAGACCUGACGUUAAGAAGAGAGGGAAGCAUGGUGAAAAGAAAGAUAUGACCAAAGUGGAGUGUUACUGCUGCCACAAGUUAGGUCAUUUUGCUUGGGAUUGCCCAGAGAAGAACAAGGAGCAACAGACCACAUAGCAAGAGACAGAGGAGCAUUCGUUGAGUACUGCCGGCUGCCUUCCAGGAGCAGAUGGCUUUAUGUAGGAAACAAUGUGAGUCUUGAAAUGAAAGGGAUCGGAACAUGCAAGCUAGAGGUUGCAUGGUGGACGAACCCUACUACAUGACGUUUUAUACGUUCUAGAGAUUUGGCGGAAUUUAGUUUCAGUUGUCUCUCUUUUUAGAUUAGGUCUCAAUGUCAAUUUCCACAAUAAUUUAGUUGAGAUUGUUUUAGGGACUAGACUUGUUAGUUCUGAUUUUCUUUUAGAUGGUUUCUUUGUAUUGGACAAUUUUUAAUAAUAGUUAUAUUUCAAAUAAUCAAUGUUUUGCUUUAUCUUCUGUCUCGAAUAAUUUUUUUGGUGUGAAUGUUUGGCAUGCUAGGCUUAGACAUGUGGGUCCAGAGAGAAUGAAUAGUUUGGCAAAAUCAGGACUAUUAGGGUCCUUGACAAAAAUAGAGAUGUCUGUUUGCCAACAUUGUCUAGCAGGUAAAGCAACUAGAAAAUCAUUUGAGAAAGGAACCAGAGCUGACUUUCCAUUGCAAUUAGUUCAUUCUGACAUAUGUGGUCCAAUGAGUGUGAGGGCAAGGCAUGGAGCCUUAUAUUUCAUCAUUUUUAUUGAUGACUAUACUCAUUACGGUCAUAUUUAUUUGAUCUCCCAUAAGUCAGAAGCUUUAGAAUGCUUCAGACAAUUCUUGAGUUUGGUUGAGAAUCAAUUGGAUCAAAGGAUUAAGGUUUUGAGAACUGAUCGUGGAUGUGAGUAUUUAUCAGAUCAAUUCAAGGAUCUAUGUGAUGAAAAGGGAAUCGUAAGACAAUUGACAAUCCCUAGCACUCCACAACAGAAUGGAGUUGCAGAGCGAAGGAAUAGGACUUUGCUCGAGAUGGUUAGGUCGAUGAUGGUGUAGGCCAACUUGCCCAUUUCUCAUUGGAGAGAUGCUUUGAUGACUGCGGUCUAUGUACUUAACCGCGUGCCCUCUAAGUUUGUUACUUCCACACUCUAUGAACUAUGGAUGGGUAGAAAGUCGGAUUUGAGUGUACUGCGACCCUGGGGGUCGACAACUUAUAUGCAUGAUCCUUCUCAUAUGUAUGGAAAGUUGGGCCCUAAGGGCAAGAAGUGCAUAUUUAUCAGAUUUUCAGAACACUCAAAGGGCUAUGUCUUCAUUGGUGAGAAUGAAGAUGGAAGUGUAACAGAGCUUGAGUCGCAUGAUGCCACAUUUUUAGAAAAUGAAUUUCCUAGUAGGGGUGAUGUUGAUAGAGCUGUGUCAUUUUAUGAGAUUGCAAAUCAGCAGGUAAAUGAUGAGAACCAAAGAAGUGAGGAACAAAUAGUUGUACCUCCACCUGCUAAUCCGAGUGGGAGGAUAUUUGAGUCCUCAAGAGACAAUUGCAUAGUAGCCGAGGUAAUAUUUUCCGACGUCAUUUCGAGAUCGAAGGGGAAGCAUUAAUGGUUACUCCAGGAGAUGAUGAGGAGCCGAGUUCAUUUCAAGAGGCUCUCUCAUGCCCUACUAAGGAUAAAUGGAUGAAGGCAAUGGAAAAGGAGAUGGAGUCUAUGAGGAUUAACCAUGUCUGGGACUUGGUUGACCUUCCAUCAGGCCGAAAGGCAAUUGGGAACUAGUGGGUUCUCAAAAUUAAGAGGAAGACAGAUGGUUCUGUUGAAAGAUACAAGGCUCGCUUCGUAGCUAAGGGAUACACACAACAGGAAGGUAUUGAUUAUGAGCAUACUUUUUCACCUGUUGUGAGAUUCACUUUUAUUAGACUCAUUCUGACUAUAGUUGUCAUGUUGGACUGGAGUUACAUCAGAUGGAUGUAAAGAUUGUAUUUCUCAAUAGAGAACCAAAUGAAGAAAUCUAUAUGGAGCAGCCAUUCGGUUUCAU